AUGGGACCCUCGGAUGAUCUACCUGCAACGGUUACAACGUGUUCUCAAGAAUCCCGUCCGUACUCGUUUGAAUUUGACCAUAGUGGUUCUAAUUCGACUGCUUAUAACGUCGCGAAUUCAAAACCUUUUCACGUAAAUCAACCAGUGAAUUUUGGGAUCGAUAGCCAUGCGUUAUACUAUGGGACGAACGUCCAAAAUUUAUCUGCAGAAUUUCAUGCGUUUCUACCUGAUAGCGCAUACACAGAAAAUCUAUUUGUAGUUGACUCGGAAGUCCCAGUUCCUUCCAAUGUUAAAACUUGCGUCUUUCCUACCUCGGCUGUUGCAGAUUCGACACAACUUAACCCUAGAAAAUAA